CAAUGUUUCUUCAGUGGAAGAGACUGUGGAAGGCGCUAGUGCGGAAGCUCAGGCGAAAGCUAGGGAUGGAUCGCGCUCGAGUGGCGGCAGCUUCUCUUGCGGCGGCAAUGGAUCUGAAGCAGCCGGCAUUGCCGAUCUCUUUCCCGCUCACUUCUUUGGAUCAGCUCACGGAUGAUUCCGUGUUCCAGAGCUUCCAUUUCCCAUUCCAGCAAUGCUCGGUGCCGCUGGCGCUGCAGGGAGGGAAGAAGGAGAGGAAAUCCAAGCUCUUGGUGUGCCACGACAUGAAAGGAGGCUACCAGGAUGAUAGAUUCGUGCAAGGCGAUGGCAAUUACAAUGCUUACUCGCUCUGGCACUGGCAAUGCAUUGAUGUUUUCGUGUAUUUCUCGCACUCCUUGGUCACUAUUCCUCCUCCCUGUUGGAUCAACGCUGGUCACAAGCAUGGAGUCCAGGUCUUGGGAACUUUCAUCACGGAGUGGGAUCAAGGGGCUCAAACUUGCAAGUUGCUUCUGGAAUCCAAGGAUUCGGCAAGAAUGUAUGCGUCUCGGCUAGCAAAAGUUGCUCGGGAGUUUGGAUUUGAUGGAUGGCUGCUAAACAUUGAAAACACUGUUCCGGUGGAGCAAAUCGACACUCUCGUGGUGUUUGUAUCGGAGCUCACCAAAGUCAUGCACGACCUUGUUCCGGGCUCGCUGGUGAUAUGGUAUGAUGCAGUUACUGUGGAUGGAGAACUAAAAUGGCAAGACAUGCUAACAGAGAAGAACAAGCGCUUCUUCGAUGCUUGCGAUGGGAUUUUCAUUAACUACACAUGGAAGAGGGACUACGCAGCGAAAUCGGCGAAAGUGGCUGGCGAUCGAGCCUCCGACGUUUACAUGGGAGUGGACGUUUUCGGGAGAAACACUUUCGGAGGAGGAGGAUUUCAGAGCAACGUUGCUUUGAAAGUAGCGCUGGAGGCCGGUGUUUCGGCAGCAUUGUUUGGUCCCGGGUGGGUCUACGAGAAAAAUAUUGGGCCAACUUUCGAAGACGCACAAAUCAGGUUUUGGGCUUCUAUACACAAUGCCUGGCCCGUAUCACACAGAUAUCCUGUUACGCUGCCUUUCUUCUCGGAUUUCAGCCAGGGUUUCGGGAAAGCCCUCUAUGUAGAUGGUGUCCAGGUAUCAGAUUCUCCCUGGAGUAAUAUUUCAUGCCAAGCUCUUCAACCGCUUUUGCUUGGAGCGCUAGAUCCAGAGUUUGAAGUUACUGUAAGAUCAGUGGAUCGAGUUUACAGCGGUGGAUCGAGCCUCCGUUUCCUCGGAAAGCUCAAAGCUUCCGACGUUCGCAUCACUAAGCUGUAUGAUCCACACCUGGUUCUCGCAAAUCCUACUCUCUCCAUUGACUUCUCGGUCAUGUCCAAGGAAAACGCAAUCUUUUACCUCGUUCUUAAGUUGCAAGGCCCUGGAGGAAUUCGCGUAGUGUUUUUCUCGAACGAGCACAGCGGCACCUCAGAGAAGAAGAUGAAUCAAAGCUCCUCCAGUUUCAGUGUCUUUGAGCCACACCGGACAGUGACGAAGAGCUCCGGUACCUCGGAUGACGCCUGGAAUGUGAGGGAGUACCAGAUCGAGGUGGAACAAAACUCCGUGGUAACCGAUAUCUACGGCAUGAGCACCACCAGGAACGCUCCUCUGGACUUCGAAGAGAUCACAGGCACUCUGGCGGCCGAAAGCUCCUCCGAUACACAGACCUCUUUUCGGCUUACCUCGUCUUCACUGACGCGGAAGUUCUUGCCGGACGCUACUCAACCAUACGAGCUUCACUUGGGCCACCUGAGGAUCACAGCAGAACCGCCAGCGCCGCCGACAGUUUCGAGCUUCCGAGCCGACGAUCUCAAGUGGUCCACAAGCCCCGAUGGCAAUAAGCUCGUCAGCCUCACGCUCAAGUGGGAGUUUGGAGGUGGUUUCCAGGCCGAUCGCUGCAACACAUACGUCGAGAUGGUGGGAAAAGAGACGACGAGCAAAGCCAAGUACCUUGGAGCUGCUUUCGUCGACGCCUUCUACGUGGAUUCGCUUCUAGUUCCUCACGAGACUUCCAGCUUGGUUUUCCGCCUCCAGCCUCGCAACGCUGCUGGUUUUCACCAGGGCUGGAAUGAAUCUCCCACGCUCACUGUCGAAGUCCGUUGAAAAAAAAAAAUAAAGUACUCUAGGCGAGUAGCGCCUGCUGGAGGA